UUUAGCCUCCAACCAAAAUCUCCCGUUACAGACAUCAGAGAGAGAGUCUCAGCCGCUCAAACCCUCCCUCUAUCGUACUCUCACCCGAUUCCAACCCUUCCCACCUUAAUUCUUCGCUCAAGUACCUCCACGGCGGCGCUCGGCCACCGUUUCUCUCACACUCAAACUCAAUUAGGGCAUCUGGAAAGCUAUGUACAACGGAAUAGGUUUACAAACCCCAAGGGGAUCUGGAACCAAUGGCUACAUCCAGAGCAACAAGUUCUUCGUCAGGCCUAAGACCGGCAAGGUUGCCGAAAACACCAGAGGUUUCGAGGGAUCAGGGAAUGGCUGGUGUCUCAAGGAAAGCCAACAAGGAUAUUCUCGAGCAUGAUCGGAAGCGUCAGAUUGAGCUCAAACUCGUAGUGCUCGAGGACAAACUGACUGAUCAGGGUUACACCGAUGCUGAGAUCGCCGAGAAACUCGCCGAGGCGAGGACGACUCUGGAGGCGGCUGCCUCUUCGGAAGACACCGGUGUAUUUUCUCUUGAUAAGAAAGUUGCAGAUACCCAGAGCCAUCAGAUUGCUGCUAGAAAGGAGAAGCAGAUGGAAACUUUAAGAGCGGCUUUUGGCAUACGUGAUGCUGAACCUGAUGAAGAAGAAGAAGGUGAGAUUGAUGAUGGGCUUGGAAGUAGUCAGAAAAAUGGUAUGGAUGAUGAUGGUAAGCACCAGAAACGUGAGCAUUCUUUCUUGGACAGAGAUUCUGGGUGGAAGAAACGCACGGAAGAGAAAAAUAAAUCUGAGAAAGAUGUUUUGAAAAAGAGUACUAAAGAAUCUACAAGAAAGAAGGAAGAAUAUAGAAAGAGGAGGCAUGGGGAUGAAUCUUCUGAUACAGAUGAUAGUGCCAGGAAUUCAAGAGCAGUUAGAAAGAAGCAUCGGAAACAUAGCAAUGGUAGUGAUGAUGAGGAUUUUGAUAAGAAGCGUUUGGUUGCAAAAAAGCUCAAGAAAAACAGAAGACAUGAUAGUGAUGAUUCUGAUUCUGCUACUAGUGAUGAUUCUGGUUCUAGUAGCACUGAUGAUUCAGAUUCUGCUACUAGUUAUGAUUCCUCUGAUACUGAUGGCAGUGCAAGGAACUUGAAAGCAGUAAGAAAGAAGCAUCGAAGAUCUGGCAGAGGAAGUGAUAAAGAAGACAAGAAGUAUAAGGUUGCACAUAAGCACAAGAAAAGCAGAAGGAAUGACAGCGAUGAUACUGAUUCUGCUACUAGUGAUGAUGAUGUAAGCAAGAAGAAUUCUAGAAAGCAAGCUAAGAAAUCUGAAAAGUCACACAAGAGGCAUGACUCAGAUGAUGAUUCUAGUACUGAUGAAGAUUUGUCGAAAGCUAGAAGCAUAAAGGGAAAAGUUCAUACAAGAAGAACAGAAAGACGACAUGAUUCUGAGGAUGAGUCCGACCCUGCUAGUGGGAAGAAAGCGAUGAAUGAUCGAGUGAAAGAAGAGAUGAAUCAACAUACUAGCCACAGGAGACAUGAAGACAGUUUUGAUGUUAAGGAUCGCAAUAGGAGGGCUGAUGGAAAUGGAAAAGGCAAUAGAAGGCAUGAUGUCGAUAGUGAAUCUGACGGUGAAAUGAAAAUGAAGAAUGACAGAAUUAAAGAAGAGACGAAUCAACAUGGUAGCCGCAGGGGGCAUGAAGACACUUUUGGUGGCGAGGAUCGGAAUAAAAGGAAGAAUGAUCGAAUUGAAGAGCAGAGGAGUCAUUAUGAUAAGUACAAAAGACACAAUGGCGAUUCUGAUGGUGAGGAUCGCAAUAGAUGGAUGGCUGAUGGAAACAAAAAUGACUACAGAAGGCAUGAUGUGGACUCUGAAUCUGAUUAUGAGAAGUCAACAAAACCUCCCCAUGGAGCAACUGAGAGAAGUCAGAGAAGUGGCAAGAGUGAUCACAAGUUUGAUAAUUCUGAUGCAAGUAGUGAUGAGAAAAUACAAAAACACAGAAGUAGGAGGCAUGAUAGUGAUGAUGUGGAACUUGAUUCAAGAUCAAGAUAUGGUAGGAAAGGUAGUAAGAUUGUAAGGCAGACAACAGUUGAGAAGAGGUUAGUUUCCAGUGACAGUGAUACCAGUGAUGAUUCUCUUGCAAAAGAUAAUGAAAGUGAUUUUGGUACUGGUGCUCGGGACUAUGCUGAUAAUAAGAUCCAACGAAGAAAAUCUGUUAUUGAGAGUAAGGUUGAGUACCGUGAUGAUGUGAGUAGAAGAGUACAACGAACAAGUCCAGAACAUGACUUUAGAUCUGGUGGAGGGCUAGGUGAUGAAAAGAGGAGGGAAAUAAGUGGUUCAAGUGAUGAUGAGUCCCCGAACAAAAAUGUUAAGAAAUCCUCAGAACUGGUUGGAUCCAAACGUUUUAAUGAUGAGGUGGCUGAUGAGCCUAGGAGUAGAAUUUACAAGAAGGAUGAUGAACAACAUGUUGGUAGGACAGAUCAAGAGUUUGAACAACGUGGAGGCCAGAGGCAUGUGAGGAGUGAUGAGGAGCAAAGAGUGAGAAAGCAUGGAAGAGAUGAAGAUGAUUAUAAAUAUAGAAGGUAUGAACGAGGGAAUGACGAUGAAUACCAUGGAAAUCGAAGCUACAGAAGGGAUGAAGAACAGAAACAUAAAGAUAUUGACCGGGAUAGGCAGAGCGACUAUUCCAAAAGACCAAGAUAUGAUGAUUCCAGGUCAAGUGAAAGAAGAAGGCAUGAUUAUGAAAGACGCAAAGAUGACAUGGCAAGGCGCUGAGAUUGAUUCUAUUUUCUUACAACUGCACAGUAUGGGCUUCCAAGAUUAAAAUGAUUAAUUGCUGAUUGACUAAUUCGUAAGCAUGAAAGUAUUGGUUGAGUCUUUGUCAUCCCAAAGCUGUUGAGAGUUCUCGUGAAGAUUGAAAGAGAAGAUCAUCUGCUGAACUGAUGUUUUUUCGUAUUUGGGGCAUAUGGACGUUUUUCUGUUGUGGGAUCAUGUAACUCUAUUGUAUUUACACAGUCGCAAUUUGUGAUGUGUGUUUUUUUUCUCUUUUAUAAAUGUUGUCACCUCAAGAUUGAGCUUUCUAAGUAUUUUAGUAUUUUCGAGAAAGUAAACUUUUGAAUUUUGAUUAGUUUAAAAAGUGUCUAUUGGCACUUUUUUUC